GUUCUUUUCAAUUUACCCCUUCUCCCUAGAUGCACAAUGUGUAUCGACGCACUUGGCAAGAGUUGGGGUUAAAAGUUCGAUUCUCAGUGGCAUCUCCAUUUCUAUGGGUUGGUUUGCAGCACAUUCACACUCAAAGCACAUCAUCGAACCUAGGCAAUGAAAGAGAACUGAAAGACAUAAAUCCUGACGAUAGAAAAGACCUUUCGUCCCACAAACCCUUUUCCAAGGAUGAACUCUUGGUAGAAAGUAUUGAGAGGCUCAGUAAAGAACGUCGUGAUUCUCGUUUAAGGCGUAAAUUGAGUAUUUCAGCAGCAAAGUUAUCUUUUAUCAAGGAAUCUACUGAACGUUCUCACUCUUCACGUCUGUCGGUAUCUUCUUCUCCAUUACAAGACUUGUCAAGAGUUUCUACAGAGAAAGGAAUCUUUUCAUUUAAAGAUCAUAUCCUUCCUCUGACUUCUCCGUCGAGCUGGAGCGCAGGUGAGGCUUCUGACUUACGUGCUUCUGCUUUCGGAUCCACUUGUGAAGGUUUAGAUGCCUCAUUUUGUCUGGAGGAGAUGGAGCGCAUGCUUUUUAGAUCAAGGCCUCACCAUGAUGCGAAGGAAUUUCUGAGGGGAGUAGGGGGAAACAACAACGUUCAACUUACCGUGGACACGCUUCCAGCUCUUGAGGAUAUCAAGACAGGGAUCCCCAUGCCUAUUAAAAAUGAAAGGGAAGAAUCAACACAGGAUGUCGGCGCUUUUCUAAAUGAUCAGGUGCCUUUACUUCCUACUCCUCUUUCGCUUAAAAAUACACACACCUGUUCCACCGAACAGAGCAACCAUCUAAUGGACGAUGCGCAGGAGGUGGCACCGCUCUUGGCACAAUCCGGUGAAUCCUUUCAAUACUGUCCUGUUCGUUCUACUUACCAACUUAACAACGCUGUCAGGGAUGCGUCCUCACAGACGGCCGAUCACGAGCCACUGACGGAUCCAUUCUGUUCGUUGCUUUCCCUCUCGCACGACCCCGAGCGUAGGGUGUUCACGAUUGCCCCUGAGGCCCCGAUUCCCACCUUGUGGGAUGCCCUUCGUGGGCUUAACCAGGCACUUACGCAGGUGGAGUCCUUGUCUCCAGCCAAAGGCGGAGAUGACACGACGGCGAUUUCUAUUCACCUGCAUUUAGUGAGAACGCAACACCACGCGGAUGGUGCACCAAAUACGCCGUUGUCGCUUAAUCCGGUCUACAGUGAGUUAGGGGCCUCAGCUCUACAUCGACUGGAUGUGAGCUCUCGCAAAGAAGAAUUGUUGGAACGCAUUCUGAGCGCUGCCGAUCGUGGGGUGCGCAUCAUGGCCCUUGUUGAACCAGAUGCCGUGAUCUUGGGAUUUGCAGCGGAGCUUUUUUUUUGCUGCGAGGGGGUAAUAUUCACUGGCCGGAAGGAUUCCGUGAGGGUCGGAUUUCCAGAACUCAUGUAUGGAGUGUUUCCAGCGCCUGCUAUGAUUCGUAUAGUUGCUGAAUACUUCAAAGAGAAUGGUCGACUCAGCUUAUUUUCAAUGGGUUCAACUGCCGGUUUUCUUCAUGAUGCAUCAUCUUUACCCCUUGGAGGGAACACCUCUUGUAGUAUAUUCACAAACGCAGCUGUAAACUUCUUGCCGUACUUACAUACAAAGCCUUUUUCACACUGGGAGGCCGCUGUGUUGCAUGGUUGGUGUGAUAUUACCCGAAAAUCAAUCGUAAUUGCAAAUCCUUGGAUUUUUCAGGGAUGGCGCUUUUUAUCUUAUUACACACAGCUAGUUUCUCAGGCAUUUUCUUCGUUUCUAAUGCGAAUGCGCCCGGGAACGGUGCAUCGACUAUCGCUAUCUAGACGGAUGAUGCUAGUGGAGGUUCGCCACUCCAUCAGGCUUCAAUGGCAGUGCUACUGUUGUGCCAUUUUUGACGACGCAAAGGGCAACAGAUCAACACGUUUCUCUAAUUCUGAUUUACGAGAAGUCAUCAUGGCGUGCCUUAACUCCAUCGCAGUUUACAAUUCUCACAAGCUGUAUCAAUAUGUUAUGAAUAAUCUGCUUCCAACGCAGGGUACUCGAUCUUGCGUCUCGGAGACGGGUUUUGUGUACUUGGACGACCAAAGCUUACCCAACCCAGAGUCUGCGGAAGCGACUGCCUAUCGAAUCACGAAUACACAGAAGCACCGGUGCGCCAAGUCCGCCUUUGCACCCCCCAUAAUGGUGGUGGUGGACGCCAAUGUAGCGCGUGAGGCUCAAAUAAGGCUAACCGCUUUGCUUUCGACGUCCUUUUCUUUGGCAAGUGAUUCUGAUUCAAGCGAAACAAAGUGUUCAUACUGCAUGGUGUUUGUGGGAAGCCCAGGGGAGGUUCAUGACAGGACUUCGCUGGUGCAAUGUGCUGUAGUAGUUAAUGCUUUAGGCCAAACUAUUGCUGCGUUGACUCAAUCAGAAAAGACGCGCUUAGAUUCAGUUGUAGAGCUGAGUUUGAUUGGACAGCAACUAGCAGCCAAACAUCGUAGCUCAAUGGACUACGAGUUCGAUAUUCAGAGGGCCGCAAUCACCUUCCUCAGAUCUCGAAACAUUCCUUUUGUUUUGACAUCAAGUGGUGAGGAGAGCCUUAAGAUUGUGGUGGUGCUAGCACUUGAGCUAUACCGCGUAGCAACCCAUGAGUGCCUGUUGUCGAAUGCUGCCUUGACGUUUCUUUUAUCGCAACUUUCAGUGUACAUGCGGUGUAGAAAACCAUUACCUGAUAUUUUUGCGCAAUUUGGUGUUGACUCUAUAUAUAGCGCGAUUUGGCGCUAUGCACGGUUCCGCACAGUAUAUGAAGGUCUUGAUAUCACUAAGGAAAAGUUCAUCCGAUUUCUGCACACUUGCAUCGCUGUUGCGUCAUUUUCUACUGUAAGUGGUUUCUAUUCUUCCGUUUUACAUUCCAUAACAGAGAAUGUGGAAAACCUUACCAAUUUAAUUGAGCAUAUAUUCUUAGCCCUAGUAGACCAUUGCUGCCUGUCUCUCACACAGGGAGAAGUUCGUUCUGCGCGGGAUAUUAACUUGCUUUCUAUCGCAGCUUUAUGGCUGCAUCCGGAAACUGGUGGCAUUCUUGCUCUCGCCGAGUGCCAUAUGGGCCCUCCGAAGGCGGUGGCUAAGCGUAUGAAGGAAGAAGCUCAGCCACUGAAGCGUCCAUAUGAUUCGCUUCCAUCACUUGAGUGGAUAGGCGAAUGUGGACUGGUUUUUGAUGCCUUGAAGGAAAGAGCUUCAGAAGAAUGA